AUGAGGAGGAUCAAUGAAAGGAUGAUGACAAUUAAGCUAGUCAGUGGAGAGCUUACUUUGAACAUUGUUAGUGCUUAUGCGCCUCAAAUAAACUUGGACGAGGAGGCCAAAAAACUAUUUUCGGAGGAUUUUGAUGAGGUAUACCAAACAUCAAGAAGAUCUUCACUGAUGGAUAUUCUAAUGGCCAUAUCAAGGCAACAUUUAGUGGUUUUGAUGAUGUUAAUAAGGUUUGGCUUUGGGGAGAGCAAUGGAGGUGGAGCUUCGCUUUUGGAUUUUGCUAAAACUUUUGAGUCGGUGAUUGCUAACUCGUGCUAUCCAAAGAGGGAGAAUUACUUUGUUACCUUUCAGAGCACGGGGUUUCAAAUUACUUUGCCAUACUAUGGAGAUUUGGGAGAGAGUGGUGGAGAUGAGGGUGAGGAUUAG